GGUUUUGGUUAUUUUUUAAAGUUUCUAAAAAGCUGGUUUUCCAGAAAACCGAUCUUUGAAGACCUAGCAGCAGCAGUCAUGGUGAUAUUCGGAAUCAGCAUAGUUGAUUACCUAUACUCAAUUAGGUUUUGACUGAAAAACGAUUUAUAAGUUGGUGGACCUCCCUCGUGAGAUCUAUUCAAAUAUUAAAAAACAAUUUUUUUGCCAUCUAGUAAAGUUAUCAAAAGUUACCUUGACGAAUGACAGAACUCAAGUGUGGGUUGUCUGCGGUCUUCUUCGCAAUAAUUCAGCUACUAUUAAAAUAUUUUUGACAAGAAUGGCGUUCAUUGACACUGUGCCCUGUUAAGCUCCUUCCUCCAUGUGGAAAGCGUUUCGUUAGCUUAUGUAAAAUCUUGACGAAAGUUCUAGGAAAUGUUGGUUCUAUCAAACUAGAGUUACGCUGAAAUUGACAUUGAAUUUUUCACAAUCAACUGUAUCCUAUACCAGUAUAAGUUAUGAAACAAAAAUGAAAGAUGGCACAUGGAAUUGGAAUAAAUUUUCAGAUGACCAUGAAGCAGUAAGUGCAUUGAAAGUAGCUGAUAUUGAUGGACAAUUAGUUACACUUGAUGGUCGUCGUCUGUUGGUUAUUCAAAAACUGCGAUGA